AUGUCCAAUGUUGAUUUAACCACCGAUGGCUUCAUCGGUCUCGAGUCCGACUCGAGAAAUUACAUCCAGCCUCAGUCAUGGCCCGUGGCGGUGGACCAUCAGAACACCCAGCGGACAGAUGGCUCGCGAGACAUCUCUCCCCUGCAAACCAGCGGUCACGCUUAUGAACACUCGAUAGCACAGGAUCCCAGUUUGAUGGUCGAUUGGCACUUCCAACAAUUACAACCCCACCUCCAGUACACUCACGAGGAUCCUUCGUCGGCUCAGCAGUUCGCGACAUCAAGCUAUGGAAUGCCCAUCCACUCAUCCCCUGUGGAUAUCAUGGCCGCACCUCAAGGGCCGAUGGGCUCGGGCCUUCUGGAGAGCUCUUAUAUGCCUGUACCUGCGCCGGUCGACUUGGUUUCAUUCGGCUUCCAGGAUCUCCCCGCGGAUCUCAUGACUUUCCCAGACGGUCUCCCGGAUCUAUCAUCGUACACGACACCACAGAACAUGAUCGGCAGCAGCUCCCCUACUGAUACUUACUUAGAGGUACGGUCUCUAUCCAGCAGCGAUAACGGUUGGAGCACCAUUGAAACCCGCCACCCUCACGAAUUCAUGUUCCCCGAUCAGGGUAUCUUCAUCAACCCCACUCAGACGCUCCACGACCGAAGCCUUUCUGAGUCUUCCUACUCAACCUCGUACGGCAGCUUUGUUGAGAUCUCGAAUCCCAUCAAUUCGCCGAGCUCAGACACCAACUUUGAGUCUGCUUUCAGCAUGCCGAGACGCGUUUCUUACGAUCACACCUCCCACGGCUCGCGGUCUCCUACUGCAGUUAGCCCUGUUGCGAUCGUGCGGCCGAUGCCUGUGCCCUCGAAGAAAUCAACUUCGCCCACAAGAUCUGCUGGUACACAAUCGUCAUCUAGCUCGCCGCCGAGCAGGAAGCCCUCGCGCAAGAGCCCCAUUGCUGCCAAGACUGCAGAGACUAAAAUCCGUAAGCAGUCGCAGACUGGGAAGCCAGAGGGCGAAAAGCGGGUUGGAAAACGGAAGGGUCCUCUCAAGCCUGAUCAACGGAAACAGGCGAGCGAGAUCCGCAAGUUGAGGGCCUGCCUGCGGUGCAAGUUCUUGAAGAAGACAUGCGAUAAGGGCGAGCCGUGCGCUGGUUGCCAGCCUUCCCAUGCGAGAUUGUGGCAGGUUCCUUGCACCAGAAUCGAUAUCAAGGAGAUCGGGUAUUUCAUGAAGGAUUGGAAGGCGGAUUACGAACGUCACAUUACUCUUGGCUUCUCUGUCGGAAACAUCAAAGGAUUCUCGGAGCACGAAAGGACUCUGUUCAUCACGCAUGGUUAUGGCCAAAUCCUUCCCAUCAAUGCUCGUGAAGUCUACGUUCGGGACGAACAAUGUUUCAGUAUCGACUGGGUUGAAUCGAUGCAUCGCGAUCCCACACAAUAUGAGGUUGAGACCGCCAAGUUAUCGGCUGGAAUGGAAGGCAUCUCGCACGCUAUGCUCUCUGAUUAUCUCGACCGUCAUAUUGAUGGCAAUGGUACUUUUGAGAAAUUCGUGGAUGACUAUUUUGAGGGAACACCAUUCCUCACACAGAUGCUCAAGACCGCCUUCCGUUAUUACUUCCGUACAAAGCUGCCAGUGAUCCGAAAAGCGCUGAAACUGGUCAUUGCCUACAACUUGACGCUCCAUGUCACCAUGGUGGAAGGGCUCGGUGAGGAAGAAGGGUUCCUCGGCAAGAUUGUGGAUCCUUCAUCGAAAUUCAAGGGCAAGAUCAUGGCGCCAGUCAUGAUCAACUUCCAGAUCAAGUGUGCCAUGGCCAAUAUGUGGCGCGAGCUGCAAAAGGAUGUGUUGGAAGAGCUUUCCAGUCUCUUCUCUAGCGUAUAUAGCGGAGAGAAACUGAAGAACUGGCCUACCAUCUUCAUUCUCGCAUGCAUCCUUUUGGCUGUGUGGGAAGAAAUGCAGUUUGACUGCCAUUAUCGCACUCCGGAUGCUGCUGCUGUGGACAAGUUCUGCAAUGAUAUGGAGUCGACCCCCGUCGGAGUCAUUGUUGGCUUGUUUCAGGCGAUUUCGCAGAAACUUCCCGCUUUCACUGAUUGGGAGACACAAAAGCACCAUCACUUGUUGUACUCGAACCCGGAUGUCUGCAAUACUAUGACCGAAGUCCGCGAGCAUGUCAAGCAAUACGAGAGCUACCUCCGAAGCCGCUCGAACUCAAAAUUCGACCGUAACGACUUCGACUGCUUAUCGAACAAGUUCGUUUCGAGACUGGUUGUUCGCGCCAAUUAG